AUGUCAGCUCCCUGUGUCAGUGAUGUGCCUAUGAUGGACAAACUCACCGAUCUUGAGCUCAAUCAUCUGAUUGUAGAGGAGGAAGAACCAGGUGAUUCUACCCAGUCUCUUGGUUAUUUGUUGUCGCAGAUUUUCAGGACAUUUACUAUUGAAGUCCCAGAUGCCACAGAGCUCCAGGUUCUGUUACAUAAAAUUCAUUAUCGUGAUACCAGACUUCACGUUAAAUUUGCUCACCUUGAUGAACAGUCUAUGGUUCCGUUAUAUGAUGAAGCCAGCCGCAGGUGGAACUGGGCACUUCCCAGAUCACAUCGUAAAACUGGCAUCAAUAAGUUACCUGAACUCGAAGAGAUUGGAGAUGGAGAAGAGGAUAGUGGGGCGAACAAGGAGUCUGAGAACACCACCAGUAGUGACACCAGCCAAAAACCACAGACGUUGGAGGAUAUCUUCUCAUCGUUCUUCAAUGCUAUGUGUGGUGCUGUUGCCCAGAAGAAUUCACGGAACUCCACAUGCCCUGUCAAGGAUGAUAAAGUAUUGCGGAAGCCUGACCUUGCAUUGUUGGAUGACGUAGAGGCUUGUUGGGAUACCAUCAAAGCUGUUUGCGAAUUGACAUCACAGCCAUACACACCUUCAAGUACGAUUGGAAAAACACUCGACAACAAGGCCUACCUUCUCUUGAGGCCCCAGCCUUGGAGGUGGUUUGUCUUACCCUUUUCCCUUACGAACGAAUACCACAAACUGCGAGUCCAUAUGUAUGACCAUGCAUGUGGUAUCGUAACGUGUCCUGUCCAUAUCAACAAGGCUCCCAAUCGUUACCUGCAUAUCCUAUCGAGUGUCAUCUUUGGUCAUCUUGAAUGUAUUGGUUAUGAUCCCUCCAUUAGUAUCUUCACCAAGACUCUUUGUCCUGCCCAGCUUGAAACCCCAAUUCUUCCGCCCUUCUACUAG